AUGCAUUCACAUCAUUCACACAGUGGAGAUUACAUCUCGCAUGCUCAUGACCCUUUAGAAACUAUGGUCCAAAACUACAUUGAUCGUGGUUUCGAAGUUCUAUGCCUCACGGAGCACAUGCCAAGAUUGGAUCAAACAUACUUAUACCCAGAAGAGAAAGAAAAGGGUUAUGGAAUCAAAGAUUUACUGGAUGAUUUUAGUAAAUACUUGGUGCACGCAAAGAAGGUGCAAUCAAAGUAUCUGGACAAGAUAAAAAUCAUAAUCGGGUUCGAGGUGGAAGGAAUAGAUGACACCCACGUGGACUACUCAGCUGAGAUACUUAAAAACCCGCUGGUACAGAUGAGCGUUGGGUCGGUGCAUUAUGUGCAUGGAAUACCUAUAGAUUUUUCCAAAGAUCUUUGGGUGUCGGCAAAAACAGCUAGCAAAGGCGGUUUAACUAGAUCUUUAUACAAAGAUUAUUUCGAAUUAGUGUCCAACGUGAUUGACCUAAAGCCCCAAGUGGUUGGUCAUUUUGACUUGAUUCGUCUUUGUCAGCCUGAUGAUGACUUUGAUGACUCUACAAAUAAGCUUACCAAAGAUGUAAGGAUCAAAGAUGAUUGGCCUGAGGUGUGGGGUGUGAUAAUUUCAACCAUAAAGAAAGCCGGUAGUUACGGAGCAAUGUUUGAACUAAAUUCAGCAGCUAUUAGAAAAGGCUGGGACUGUCCAUACCCAAAGAGUGAUCUCGUGCAAGCAAUUAUCGAGUAUGGGGGUGGUCGAUUUUGCCUAUCUGAUGAUGCUCAUUCAAUCAACCAAAUCGGUCUUAAUUAUAAAAAAACUCUACAAUAUCUCAAAGACCAUGGAGUCUCGAAAUUGUACCAUCUUGAUGUGAAUAAUGGGGUGGUUGUUACAGUUGCCGAUGACAUUGAAAACAUAGAAACAUCUACAUUUUGGAGUGCAUAUUAA